AUGUCUGAUAAUAUACAAAAUGUGUGUAAUUGGUUAGAUGAAACUGAAGAAGAUAAUUUAUUAUAUGAUUCUGAUGACACUGACGCUGAUCCGGAUUUUGUAUGUACAAAUAUACACAAUGAAAUUGAUUCUGAGUCGGAUACAGAUGUUGAUGUACACAUAAAUCCGUCUUCAUCUAGAAUAAAUAAUGCCUCAGUUGCAUCAAGAUCGCGAUCUGGAAGUCCACUCAUACGAGACAAUUCCAGUUACUAUUUAGUGUUACAUUUACCCGGCGUAAAAAGAGUGGCACGAGACGCAAAAUCUAUUAUUGAUUGUUGGAAGCUAUUUUUUCCGGAUAUGGUCAUUGAUGAAAUAGUAAAAUGUACUAAUAUUUAUUUGACUAAGAUUCGUACAAAUUUUCAACGGGAAAGAAAUUGCCUAGAUACGACUAGAGAGGAAAUAAAAGCGUUGUUUGGGCUUCUGUACUUGGCAGGUGUUUUACGUAGCAACUAUUUGAAUUUGAAAGAUCUUUGGUCAGACAAUCCUUUAUCUCCCGAAUAUUUUCGUGCUGUCAUGUCCCUAAAACGAUUUUAUCUGUUGCUUCGUGCACUCAGGUUCGAUGAUAUAAAUACAAGAACUGAAAGAAAAAUGUAUGACAAACUAUCCGCCAUCCGAAUGAUAUUCGAUGGAUUUGUACGUUGUCAAGCUCUAUAUACUGUUGGGGAAAACUGCACUAUCGAUGAAAUGCUCGAAGCAUUUAGAGGUAGGUGUAGUUUUCGUCAGUAUAUCCCGAACAAGCCAAAUAAGUAUGGCAUAAAAAUUCAAGCAUUGGUGGAUUCACGUACUUUUUUUACUUCUAACAUGGAGAUAUAUGUAGGAACACAGCCUGACGGCCCAUUCAAAUUUGAAAAUAAGCCAUCAAGUAUUGUAAAAAGGAUGAUAACUCCAAUUUCUAAAACUGGUCGAAAUAUCACGAUAGAUAACUGGUACACUUCCAUACCAUUGGUAAAUGAGUUGCUUGAAAAUCAUAAUUUGACAACUGUUGGAACUCUACGCAAAAAUAAAAAUAAAUCCCACCUUGCUUUUUAG